GCUGGGGGGAGGUGGUCAGGUAGAGGCCGCGGUGGUACAGGAGUAUCAGUGUGCGGAGCAGGGCUGGGGCGGCCUGGGCAGCCAGAGCACGAUAACUCGCAGGCACGGGGCCUAGUCCGGAGGAAUGGAGGUUAGAAGAAGAAAUGUAAGUCUCAUUUUUUACUGGUAACCAGUAGCACGGUGUAAAUAGAAGAUUCACCAUGCUAAACCUCAAGCGAUAUGAAGAUGACCAUGCAGAAGGCCGUGAACUAUAUGCUGCAGUGGCAAUAGACAAAUCACAAUAUUUGAACGAAUUGCUGUCCCAAGAUUUAUACAAGAAAUCGAUAAACAGUCGGUGUGGAUGGGGUAAUUCAGUGACUCCUCUACAUCUGGCUGCAUCUUUGGGCUCUUUACAGUGUCUUCAGAUCCUCUUGGCUAAUGAAGCUGAAGUGGACAGCCUUGAUGCAAAGGCCCAAACACCUCUCUUUUCUGCAGUGCAUGCUGGCCAUUUUGACUGUGUUGAAGAGUUACUGAAGGCUGGUGCCAACCCUAGUGGGAGUCCCUAUAACAAUAGCACUCCUGUUUUGAUGGCAUCUCGAGAUGGAAAAAACAGCAUUCUGAAAAAGCUCUUGGAAUAUAGGGCAGCAGCCAAUGUCAGGACAAAGAUCUCCAUCUGCAAUAGUCCAAAAGCAGUCUCCACUGGACCGUUGUACCUUUCAGCUCUGUAUGAGCACUUGGAGUGUUUUAGAACUCUUCUUUUGUAUGGGGCUGAUCCAGAUUAUAACUGUAUGGACAAUAAAUUCAUGAAGCAGUCCAGUUCUGUUAUAGAAUUCUGUCUUCUACAUCACUGUAAGACAGCUUUUGUAAAACUUCUCAUUGAUUUUGGUGCCAACAUUUACUUACCAGGCAUUGAUGGCGUAUUUGGAAGAUCUUAUUUGAAUAAGGAGACAGAGGAAUUUAUACUGAGAGAAAGAGGUCUUGUCAGGUCACUGAAGUCUCAGGCUCGCUUGACGAUCUGGAGAGUGUUGAGAGACCUGGGACGUAUGCAGCUCAUUGACCAGCUGGAGGUUCCACCAAUGAUAAUGCGAUACCUAUGUCCCCAGUUCUUCUAGAGAAGGAAUAGAACACAUAAUGUAGUGAUCAGGAGUGAGGCUCUGCCCUUACAAAUUCUAGAAAAUGUAGACUUUUUAACUCAUGAAAGAAAUGUGAUUCCAGUUUUCUGUUUUGUACCAAUUUGCUUUACUAUUCCAGCCCAGGACAGGCUUGCUGUAGCUGUAUAAUUGCAGAUUUCUCAAUGCAGGCCAAUAAGAAGUUUUUGCAAAGCAGGUGCUCUUCUGGGCAAUUGCCUGGCUCUUGAAUUUAGCACACUGAGCUAAUCAAACUAUUAAGUAACAGGACAAGUUGUCUGCUUGAAAACCAAGGGGUAUCACAAGAUUAAUUUAUAAAAUUGUCAAGUUCUAUUGAAAUCUGCAGUUUUUGUAGAAUAAAGAAAAAACUAUUUUUUUUCCUUUAACUAAAAAUAAAAUAAGCAUCUAACAGGGCAUUCUGGCAUCCAUUAUUAUUUAUAUAAUAGAGACGGAAUCUCCUGUACCACGGUG